UAGUUAAUCAAUUAUUUACCAAAAAAAGAAGUCUUUAGUAUAGUAAUAAAUUUUUAAACAUUAUUUUACGUGAUAGGCUUACAAUACAAAAAGUAGGGAUAGGAUUUGGUUGCGUACCCCGUCACUGCAAUCUUUAACAACAGUAUUGCUCGGUAGACAGUAACAUCGGCACCAGUGUGCAAGGAUGGCGCUGGUCAACUUAGGAUUCGCACUCGCGAUUAUAUUUAAUGGCGUUUUAGCACAACGCAUGCCAAUAAAGGAGGCUCUAUUUUUAAAUAGCGACGCCUUCAAUACGUCUUUGGACGACUGCGUGUGGCGCCGGGAGCGUGAGCCUUGUCCAGAUCCUGAUGUUACCAUCAAUCUAUAUACAGAAGCUGAACCAUUUAAGAAAGAGGUGGAUUUAUUCAGCGAGGAUUGGCUGCGUCAGAGCGGUUGGGAACCGUCGCACGAGACCAUUUUGCUUAUACACGGUUAUGCCGGCGGUGACGACACGCUGCCUAUAGUCGUUUUAAGAGACGCCUACCUCCGACGCGGUGGAUACAACGUGUUCAUGUUGGACUGGGGUCGUCUUUGUCAACCCCCGUGUUAUGUCGCCGCUGUACACAACCUACGUCCAGUUGCUAGAUGUGUAGCGGAAGCCUUCGGGUCAUUGAGACGAGCUGGUCUAAGACCUGACAGACUAACGUGCGUAGGACACUCGCUCGGAGCUCACAUGUGCGGGAUUAUGGCCAAUUAUUUGAAUUUCAGACUUAACAGAAUCAUUGGCUUGGACCCCGCGCGACCCCUCAUCAGAUCCGCGCCCCCCCUCCGCCUAGACCCGGGCGACGCUCGUGCCGUCCACGUGUUACACACUAACGCCGGGAGAUACGGAGAGGGAGCCAGGCUGGGGCACGCAGACUUCUGUCUCAACGGUGGAAGAAGUCAACCGUACUGCGAGGAUACGCCCAACGAGGCGUUGUGUAGUCACGUGUGGUCUAUCUGCUAUCAAGCUGAGAGUCUGUUCCGGAUGCGACCGGCGUCUCCGUGCGGUCGAAGAUGUUCAGUUCGAGUCCCACCAGCGCGGGCCGCAGCACUACCGGUGCCUUUAGGACAACCCGCGCCGAUGACUGCGUCAGGAGCCUAUUGUCUAGAAGAUUUCAGCGCACCGUUCUGCCCAAAGACAAGCGGUCUACUCGAGGGUGACGAACGCUGCUGUCUAGAUAAACAGUACGAGGCCGCAGCCACGACCACUCCGAGAACACAACGGCCAAACCGGCCGAGACCCGGGAGCAGACUGAGGGCGGCUAGGAUUAAACCAGGACAAUAAAAAAAAAACAAAAAUUGACAGCUCCUUUUGGCGCCAAAUAUAAAAAAAUGUGAACUGUCAUUGCAUAAAUUAAAAAAAUAUUGAUAAUCCUGGCCACACACAUAUCUGCAAUUAGAAAUUGGCUUUGGUGCUUUUAUUUAUUUUAUAGUACAAAUACGGAGACAACAAAAUUUGUGUGUUAAAUGGCAAUUAAUAAUUAAGGGUAAUAGAUUUUUAAGUUUUUAAAUAAUCAAUGAAAUCCUUAAUAUAUUGAGGUUGAAAAUGUAAUAAAUUAAAGAAAGUCAUCAUAUAUUUAUUAAGUGUUAAAUUAAGGGAAGUACAAUCGUGAAUUAUUUUUAAUAUUAAGCCAAAGAAUUUUGCUAUAAAAAUAAAUUAUUUUUCAAUA